UGUGCGUGUGAACCUCCGCUCUUUGUCCUGUGCUAGCUGGACCCAGGGAGGCGAAGAGUUACUUCUCGGCCCCAGGCAGGGCAAAGAAGAGAGGCAAAAUCCGCUUUUCUGCUCCCCACCCAGCUCAACAAGGCCUCUGAGAAUCUUCCUUCCUCUCUCUUGCACACGGUAUUUUUGGGAACGAGAAGCAAAACUUCUCCCAAAUGAAGAGAACUCACCUGUUCGUUUUGGGGGUCUAUUUGCUGUCCUCUUGCAGGGCAGAAGAGGGGCUUAAUUUCCCCACAUAUGAUGGGAAGGACCGAGUGGUAAGCCUUUCGGAGAAGAACUUCAAGCAGAUUUUGAAGAAAUACGACUUGCUCUGCCUCUACUACCAUGAGCCGGUGUCUUCGGACAAGGUCGCACAAAAACAGUUCCAGCUGAAAGAAAUCGUGCUGGAGCUUGUGGCCCAGGUCCUCGAACAUAAAGAUAUAGGCUUUGUGAUGGUGGAUGCCAAGAAAGAAGCCAAGCUUGCCAAGAAACUGGGUUUUGAUGAAGAAGGAAGCCUGUAUGUUCUUAAGGGUGAUCGCACAAUUGAGUUUGAUGGCGAGUUUGCGGCCGAUGUCUUGGUGGAGUUUCUCUUGGAUUUAAUUGAAGACCCAGUAGAGAUCAUCAACAGCAAACUGGAAGUCCAAGCCUUUGAACGCAUUGAGGACCAGAUCAAACUCAUUGGCUAUUUCAAGAGUGAGGACUCAGAAUAUUACAAGGCUUUUGAAGAAGCAGCAGAGCACUUCCAGCCUUACAUUAAAUUUUUCGCCACCUUCGACAAAGGGGUGGCAAAGAAAUUGUCCUUGAAGAUGAAUGAGGUUGACUUCUUUGAGCCAUUUAUGGACGACCCUAUGGCCAUCCCUGACAAACCUUACACAGAAGAAGAGAUUGUGGAGUUUGUGAAAGAACACCAAAGACCCACUCUGCGUCGCCUGCGCCCAGAAGAUAUGUUUGAAACAUGGGAAGAUGAUUUGAACGGGAUCCACAUUGUGGCCUUUGCAGAGAAGAGUGACCCAGAUGGCUACGAGUUCCUGGAGAUUCUGAAACAGGUUGCCCGGGACAAUACUGACAACCCUGAGUUGAGCAUCCUGUGGAUCGACCCAGACGACUUUCCUCUGCUGGUUGCCUACUGGGAGAAGACUUUCAAGAUUGACCUAUUCAGGCCACAGAUCGGGGUGGUGAAUGUGACAGAUGCUGACAGUGUCUGGAUGGAGAUUCCAGAUGACGACGACCUGCCCACAGCUGAAGAGCUGGAGGACUGGGUUGAGGAUGUGCUCUCUGGAAAGAUAAACACCGAAGAUGAUGACAGUGACGGUGAAGACGGAGAGGACGAGGACGAUGAGGACGAUUCUGAUGACGAGGAUAAUGAUGACAGUGAUGAGGAUGAGGAUGAGGACGAAUAGCCCCCGCUCCACAUCGUUCAAAGGAAAGCACAACCACAGCUCCCCACGACGUCCAGACAGCACAAGGCGGCAGCAGCAAGCAGCCCUGGCUCACACCCACACCCACUCCUUCCCCCCUUCCAGCAUCUCCUUUCCCACUCGCUUCCCAUCAGGAGCAGCGUCACUCAGCAAAUGCCUUUCCAAACCCAGCAAUCCCACCCAGCAGGGAUAGGCGGGGAGUUAUUCCCAGGUGGGCGGUCGUGACUGUCACGGAACAGCUCUUGUUCUUUGUCAGACCAUCGCGGGUCACGGCAGUGCUGGAAUCUGGCGGUCUUGGGGGGAGCAUCCCCUAGCACAGGUUUACUUGUUGCCUUUGACUAGGACAGUAACAGAACUGACAGUUUGCUAGCACACAAGCAUGGAGUGACCUUAUCAUCAGAGCCCAGGAAGACACACAAUUAAUGCAUGUAGCCCCCUCCGUUCCUACCACAUCGGUUGGGACCCCUCCUCCAGCCAAGAGGAUUCCUUUUAGGAAAGGCUUGGCCUUGGAAACAGAUGUAUAAAUCUGUUUCUCUUGGCCCUAUGAAAUUUCGUGAGCUAGACCAUUAUGAACUCAGAUCCAAGCCUUUGGAAGGCUAUUGAGAGGCCCUGAAACGUAGAUACAGGUGUUCCCAUCAUUUCUAGUAUAUUAGAAUCUGGGAUGGGAGGAUGAUUUGCUCUCUGACUUUCCCUCUAGAUGACAAGUCUCACAUAUGCAUCAGUAGGGGCCGAGGGUGGAGAAAAGACCAGAAGGAUGAAAGGUUUUACCUUUUCCUGAUGGGUUCAUGUCUCUGAUUGGGUCAGCUGCUUCCUAGCCUGAGUUAGGAUCCGAAUACCCUUUCUCUGUCACUGCUAGCCAGCCUCUCAUUUAAAGGUUGCUUUAUACGUUGGUCAAUUAACUCUCCAUUUAUCAGCACUCCCACAGUUGACCAGGGCAACAAUAAUCGGAGCUGAGAACGAUGCCCUGAGGCAUUGAAAAAAAAGAAUCCCAAAGUGCCUUCCAGGUUGUCUAACAGUUAUAUUGUGCUUGGUAGUAUUAGCAUUAGGUGUGCAGUAUAAUGUUCUAAUUUAUCUUCUCUAUCUCUUAACACAUGUGGAAGACCCGGUGCAAAUUUUUUGAAAAUAGGGCAGUCCUUUUGUGGAAUAGUAGAUAACUCUGUCAUUAAACUCAUAUUUUGAAGAUAUUGAGAC